AUGUCCCAAAGUUUAAACAUUGUGAGACCAAACGUCAGCAACGCGUUCGGUUCUCUUUCCACCGCCCCAAUCAAUGUCACUAUUCAAUCACCAGCUCUUUUCCAACUAUUAGAAUUCGCCCUUCGUUCAGAAGAAGGUAAUAGAGUCAUUGGUACUUUGUUAGGUACUCGUUCAGACGACGGUUCAGAAUUAGAUAUCAAAGAUGCAUACAUAGUACCACACCACGAAGAAGGUGAUGAAGUCACCAUUGAAGAAUAUCAUCAUAGAUCUUUAUAUCAAUUACACAAGAGAUCAAAUCCAAAAGAUUCAGUCUUGGGUUGGUUUUCAACCAAUUCUACUGUUGAUUCCUUCACUGCUCUAGUGCAUGAUUUCUAUUCAAGAAGUGCUGAUGGUACUUUCCCACAUCCAGCUGUUCAUUUAACUUUAUCAAAUGAAAAUGAUGGUGAAAUUACUUCAAUUCCAACUAUAAAUACUUAUAUUGCAUCUCCAGUGGGGGCUUCAGGUGCUACUGCUGCUAAUUUGAAAUUAGAUAAAUCAAGUUCAUAUCUUUUCACACCAAUUAAUAAUAAAUUAGCUUUUGAUAUUGCUGAAAAUUCAGUUUUAUCUUAUGCUUCAAGUGCAGUUUUUGAACAAGAAGAUUCUCAAACCAUUCCAUUAGAUAAUUCUUCAGUUGAUUUAAAACAAUUGGUUGAUCAUUUAAAUAAAAUUGAUUUAUUAAUUGGAAGUACGCUAAAAUAUAUUGAACAAAUUGAAAAGAAAGAAAUUAAAGGUGAUGAAGAAUUUGCUAAAUUUUUAUUAACAAAUUUGAAAACAAACUUAAAUUCAAUCAAUUUAGAACAAUUAGAAAAAUCUUUCAACCAUCAUAUACAAGAUACUUUAAUGAUCGAAUACUUGGCAAGUUCUGUCAAAGCUCAAUUAGAAUUAUCAGCUAAAUUAACCACUUUAAUCUAA